AUCUCCUGAUGGAAGUGCCGGUGAUUGUGGACAUUACCGGUGUUGGCAGACCUGGCCCUUGUACGCCACGGUGGCUGCAUGUUUUCUAAAUGUAGCAAAGCCUUUGUUUCCCUUCUGCUAACACGUUUCUGCUCUUCUGAGAAAAGACGAAGACACGUUUUUGACACGUUUCCCCACAUGUCCCAGUCUUGUCCUCAGCUCUGAGACAGACAGAAAGAAUACAUCAGGGGAUGGGGGGUGGCCUGGGGGCCUCACACAGAAAUGUUAGUGAGCAGAUGUUUGAAGCAUUUCAGACCUUUAUCUUAGAAGUUUUGAAUAUAUGGCGUUAUGUAGGGGGCGCUGUGACAGAUUACAUUAAUAUACCAUCGAGGUCAUCUUAGGCUGACCUAGAUGGUUUUGUGUCGGUUUGGGGUCAAUAAGAAGUUGUGUGUUUGAUGCCAUUCUGACGUUGUCUUUAGAAGUUAUUAUGAUUUGAACUCAUCUAGGGGGCGCUGUGACCCAUUAAAAUGAAAUCAGAGAUGGUUUUCUGUCAUUUUGGCAUCAAUCAGACGUUGCAUGUGAUAUCUAGAGCCAAAGGGUUGUAAGUGGGCGGAGUUGAAGUCAUUUGAACCAGUGAGCACAUAUGUGUUGAUUGCAGUUGCGUGAUGACUCCCACCAUGUUUGACGUAGUUUGAAGCGUUUCGGUAAUGUUACGGGUUGAUCCUUUUUAUUCAGGUUUUGGUUUCUUUUACUGGUUUUCUGAUCAUCUCUGUUUCUCUGUUUUGUGCAGGUCAGCUGCAGCUUCUUCCAGGUGCCCUGCCCCCCGUAGGCUUCUCCGGAGUGUCGCAGCUGACUGCAAUUGCCCAACUACCGCCCUUAAGCCACUGUUUUCCAGCCCUCAGUGUGGCGUUGUCUUUUCUGCAUUGCUUGAUAAGAGCCAGUGUGCCUUCAUGUUAGUUACUUUCUGAUCAGUUUUUCCCACUGUGUGUGGUGAAUUUUAGUUGUUAAAAACCCUGAACCAGAACCAAGGUGUGUUAUUCCUGCGAUUGGAUUACUGCCUGGACCCCACCGUGACAGGUAGAAGUUACUAAGGUUUUAUAGUAUCUAGGGGGCGCUGUCCCAAAUUUACAAUAAUAUCCCAUGGAGCAGUUAGCAGGUCAACAACAAUCAUUUGUGUGUAGUUUGGUGUGACUUGCAUCAUGCAUGUGUUAUUCAGAGCCUUCUAUCUGUCAGGGGGCGGAGCUAAAGGAAUAUAAACCAAUGACCACAGGAUUGUGUUGGGUGCCUCUGUGUGAUUGCGACCUCGUCUGUAGGAAUUAUUACAGUUUUAAAGGUAUGUAGGGGGCGCUGUGGUGAUUUUAUACAACACUCACCAACCGUUUGUGCCUCGUUGGCUAAAGGGCGUGAUUGUUGAUUGCCACGUUCAGUCUCGUGCAGAUCAGAGGCUGUUCAUGUCAACGAAUGGGGAGUUGGUCCAGUUUAAGCAAAUGUAGAGUUAAUUUAACACUAAAAAGAGUAAUAUAGUUGCUCUGUAACACCAGUGAUGAGAAUAACGUCGUUUGAAAUAAAGGCAUUGCUAAAAAAAUUGUUUUUCAGUAACCAGUAAUCUAAUUAAUUGCUGUGUUCUUUUAUCAUAACACCGUUUUCGUUACUGAUGAGAAAAUGCAUGCGCUACUAAUUCAACAGCGCGGUGUGUUGAAGCUGUCAUCAGCUGAUCGGGAGCUAAAGAGGCAGAUGUUUUCACCCAAGCACAUCAUGGCCGUGAAGAACGAGGAAGACGUGAUGAAUAGUCUACGGCUGCAGACCCGCAGAUUCGCUGCUGCAGGUCUGCUCACCUGUUCACCGCUCAGACGUCCUGAUCUUCUACCUUCCUAGAUCAUCCAACUGUAACCUGUUUCUGACCAUGUCUUUAGUCCCGCUGUAACACUGAUGCAUCAGUCUCAGACGUGAUGGAGCUCAGGUGUUAUUAGAAGGGUUAGGGGAGGGGUUAUGUGCUCAUCUUUACGAGUUCCGGCUAAAAACAACGAGCAGCAACAUUUUGCACCCACUGGAGUCGGGCACUGAAGAUGCACUAACCCCUGCAUAUAGAGCAUUGCAAUAGUUCAGACGAGUGGUGACAAAAGCGUGAAUUACUGUUUCAAAAAGCUGCGUGGAAAGUUGCCUCAGUUGAAAAAAGCUGGAUUUAACCACUGAUAUAAACUAUGUGUCAAAUUUAAGGUCAGAAUCUACUUUCACAACCGGGUUUGUGAUGAGCUGCUUGUUGUUCUGGGCCAGGUAACCUAGAUAAACACUGGGGAUCUCAGUAGAGCUGGUAGAACUGCCAAAAUCAUUACUUCCAUUUUCUCGUUAUUGACUUUUAGAAAGUUUACUGCUGUCCAAACCUUAAUAUCAUCAAGGCACAUAAGUAAUGACGCAAUAGAAUGUGAAUCUUUAUUUUCAAGGGGAACAUAAAUUUGGCUGUCAUCAGCAUAACAGUGAAAAGGAAUGCCGUGUUUUCUGAGAAUGAGGCCAAGUGGUAGCAAAUAUACAGAAAAUAAGAGUGGGCCCAAAACCAAGCCUUGUGGAACGCCACAUGAGAGGGUAGUGGAGGAAGACACGUGGUCACUAAGAUGCACACAAAAAGGUCCGGCCCAGCAGGUAGGACCUGAGCCACUCCAGGGCCACAUCCCUAAUGCCCACCCGCUGCUGCGAGUGGGAAAGCAGGAUUUUAUGAUCCACAGUAUCGAACACAGCUGUCAAAUCUAAAAGCACAAGGACAACACAGUCAGCAGAGUCAGUAGCUACAAUACACAUCAUUAAAAACCUUGAGCAGGCUGAACCAACUGUUCAUGAGUUGAAUAUUUAACACCAGUCUAAGUGUUAACUCAUUCACUGCCAAUGACGUCGUCAUUUGCAUUUUUUUACUGUGUGGGCGUCGGACGAGCCCCCGCACCGUGAGAACAAACAUCUCAGCUCUAAAGCCGAUCUUCAUCUGCAUACGUCACACGUCACGUGAUCAGGAAGCAGAACAUCCAUGUGUUAGGAGAUCGUUUUGGGCCGCUGCUGUAAUAAAGGUGAGGCGCGAACCGGAAAAGCUUCUGCCGAAAACAAUUCAACAACGGAUUAUGAAAGAACAGAUAAAGUUCGAAACGCGCGGAUUCUUCCUGAUGUAAGAGGUGAGUCUCCGCUUUGUUUUGGUUGUUUUGGUUGUUUUGGCGUCGACAUCAUCCUAGCGUGCAUCAUUCUGUGACUCUUAAAAAACAGUAAAAACGGUGAGAAACGCUGGCAGCGAAUGACUUAAUAUAGUAACUCUCACACUGGUGUUACAUUAGGAACUCCAGAAGAGUUGGUUUCUAAUAGAAUAUUUACUAAGAAGUCACCAUGUUGCCAUGGAACACUACUUGGUAUACAUGUUUUGAGUGUGCGUGUGUGUGUGUGUGUGUGUGUGUGUGUGUGUGUGUGUGUGUGUGUGUGUGUGUGUGUGUGUGUGUGUGUGCGUGCGUGCGUGUGUGUGUGUGUGUGUGUGUAUAUGUGUGUGUGUGUGUGCGUGCGUGCGUGCGUGUGUGUGUGUGUGUGUGUGUGUGUGUGUGUGUGUGUGUGUGUGUGUCUGCUCUGUCUUCUCCAUCCCCAGUGAGUCGUGGAGGAUGGCUGCUUAUACUGAGCCAGGAUCCUCUGGAGGUUUCUUCCUGUUAAAAGGGAGUUUUCCUCUCCACUGUCGCUGCAUGCUUGCUUAGCAUGAGGAUUGCUGUAAAGACUCUGACACUAGUCAGUGACUCGAUGCAACCUGCUGGGUUCCUUAUAUAGGAAACUUGUUACUGAUUGGCUUAAUGACCUGACCUUUACUGGAAUGUUUACUGUGUGGAGGUUCUUGAGACGACUCUGGUCCUGAUUUGGCGCUUUAUAAAUAAACUGAAUUGAAUUGGCACCACCAGUUCCUCUGACCACCCCCAGCUGGCAAGGGAGGUCAAGUGCCUUGCCCAAGGACACAACAGCAGCAUUCUCUGGCCAGAGCUGGGAUUGAACCUGCAACCUUUUGAUUACUGGACAACCCACUCUACCUCCUGAGCUGCUGCUGUCCCUACAGAAUGUGUAUUUAGUAAUUUUUUAGCGUCAUUGGGUGUUGUUGAGGGAGGAAAUGAUAAUAAGAAUGGUAGUUUGGCCUCCCCUAGGGGUGAUAAGUGUCUAAGACGUUAGUCUGGGGAACAACCCACAUGGGUUAGCCAUCACUGCUCUCCAAAGAGCAAAGGCCUGUUUACACUGAGCCACACCACACAGCUUCACCAGACUCACCAGUAUCAGCGCAGUGAAAGGACUCAGUCAUAAGAACCGAGUCACACACUGAGGUUUUGUACAGCAGUUUAAAAAUAGCCCAGUAAGUCCUGUGCUGCAUGUGUCCACGCGGGUCAAAGACGUAGCUCCUCCUGGCACCACCACCAACAUCAGUGACAUUCACACACCAAGAAUAAACACAGGGGCAGAAUUUGAAGGCCUCUGAGUCCUUCAGCCGUUAUGAAGGCAAAUAUUUCCCUUCUGAAUCUGCGAGGCAAGGAAAGGUGUGUUUGCAGAUUCGACAGAGGGGCGCUUUGUCUCCCUUCUCCAUCAGGUCCCCACCCUGACUAACUUUCCCUCUCCCAGUCCAGCCAAUCCUCCAUCGGGCCUACCUUUUGGCUCUCCACAUUGCUUCUGAGAUUUCAGACAAUCUUUCACACUGAAGAGAUGCUGUUGCCCCUCUGCUGCUCCAUCCUGCUCAUCUUUGCUCAGAAUGUCAGUGGCCAUCAGCUGCCCCCCCAAAGAGGGAAGGCUCCAGUUGAACGUCGCCAGUUCUGCCAGUGGCCCUGCAAAUGUGGCGAGAGGUCUUAUUGCUCCCCCGGGGUGAGCUCUGUCCUGGAUGGCUGUGGCUGUUGCAAGAGCUGUGCACGGCAGAUUGGAGAGUCCUGCAAUGAGAGGGAUGUGUGUGAUCCACACAAGGGCAUGUACUGUGACUUCUCAUCAGAUAAACCAAGAUAUGAGGUCGGCGUGUGUGCAUACAUGGUGGCAGUUGGCUGUGACCUCAAUGGGGCCCACUAUGAAAACGGAGAAGCCUUCCAGCCCAGCCCGCUUUAUAAGUGCACCUGUAUUGCCGGGGCUAUCGGUUGUACACCUGCUUUCAUCCAGAAGCCAGCAGGUCUUUCUAGUUCUGACCUGAUGUUGGACAACAAGCCGGCUGGUCUUCGCAGUGGUCAGAGCCCAAAGAACAAACAAGAUACCACCUACAUGUCAGCAUACAGGAAGCCUCGCUGGGACCGGAAGAACAACUGCUUGGUCCAGACUACACCCUGGAGCCCCUGCUCGAAGUCCUGUGGCCUGGGCAUCUCGACUCGAGUGGAAAACAACAACAGUAAAUGUGAGAUGAGGAAGGACCGCCGCCUUUGCCUGCUGCGACCGUGUGACCAGAGCCUGCUCAUGGGUGUGAAGAUAACAGUGGGAAAAACGUGCCAACCAAAAGUCCAAGCCAAAAAGGCGGAGAAGCUGAUUCUCUCUAGCUGCACCAGCACCAAGAAGUUCCGACCCACCUACUGUGGUGUUUGCACAGAUCAGCGCUGCUGCGUCCCCAACAAGUCCAGAGUGAUCAAGGUCAACUUCACCUGCAAGGGGGGGUCAAGCACACAGUGGAAGAUGCAAUGGAUUACAUCAUGUGUGUGCCAGAGGAAGUGCAGUGAUCCAGGUGACAUGUUCUCCGACCUGUGGCUGCUGUAAGCAACGGAGAUGCAGAAACUCACAAACGUAUGUCUCACGUCUACAACGACACCAGACAUAUCUGUCCUAUCAUAGUGAGGACCAUCCAUUGACUUCCCUUCAUGUUUGUGACUACAUUAUGUCUCACCUAUACCAUAACCCUUCCCCUAAUGCACACCAUACCUUUAAAUCCAACUGGUAGACAUCUAAAUGGUGAGCACCAAAGUGUGCUUUGAAAAGCGACCUCAUUUGGUUGGUUAAAGCUCAGUGGGUAGUGUGUGGAAGAAAACACACAGUCUGGUCUAACACUCAUCCUACACGAUGUUCAUAUGAAACCAAAACGUAUUUGCAUGUUUGUCCUUUCUAUGAAGUCAUUGUUAGUUUGUUGUUAUUUUGGUUGUUUCAGCCUCAAACGUGUCGGUUCUGAACAACUUGGAUCUAGUCAUCAGGUUACAGAGAACACUGACUUAUGGUUUCACUUGUUACUCAAGAGUUCUCCUUCCAGUCGGCUUUCUACAGUUCUCAGGGUUUUAGUGUUUGCAUGUCCUUAGCAAAUGUGUGUGUGUGUGUGUGAAUCCAUCAUUCAUUCAUACAAAGGUGUGUGUACUCUCUAGAAUCCCUUGAUAGUCUGGAGACUUGAUUGUACCCUGCACAGAUCCAAGACACCCUGUUCCAGGUGCAGCAAAGCAGCCCCAGACCAUGACAGAGCCUCCUCCAUGUUUCACAGUUGGGACGGUGUUCUUAUCUUGACAUGCUUCAUUUUGCCGUCUGUGAACACAGAGCUGAUGUGCCUUGGCUGAAAGGUCCAGAGGACAUUCUCCCAAAAGUGUUGUGGCUUUGAAGCUUUGUGGUCUGGCUUUUUUGUCAUUUGUUUUCAACAAUGACGUCCUCCUUGGUGUUCUCCAGUGUAGUCCACUUUGGUUUAAACGUUGAUGGAUGGUGAGAUCUGACACUGAUGUUCCUUGAGCUUGAAGUUCACCAUGGAUCUCUGUAAGUUUUUCUGGGCUCUUUUGUUACCAUUCAGAUUUUUCGUCUCUUUAAUUUGUCAUCAGUUUUCCUCCUGCAGCCACGUCCAGAGAGAGGCUACAGUCCCAUGGAUCUGGUAUCUCUGAAUAUGUACAGCUGUAGUCAGAGGAACAUCUAGCUGCUUGGAGAUACUACCCGGAGCCCUAUAUUUAUAUAUAGUGUGUGUGUGUGUAUAUAUAUAUAUAUACUGGUAUCUCCAACCUUGUAAUCAGCCAG